CCAUCUCCACACUAAUGCUCUAAGGUCACGAAGGGUGAACGUCCAUUAAAUCUUGCCGGGUGAAGCUCUCAGGUCAAAAGAACACCAAGCCUUAGUGAUGGCCUUCAGCAGUAAAGUAGUGUUGGUGACAGGCGCCUCAUCAGGCAUUGGGGCGGCCACAGCGCGCCUGCUCGCCGGCCGUGGCGCCACACUGGCGCUGGCGGGCCGACGCGCCGAUAACUUGCAGCGCGUGGCCAGCGAGUGCGCGGAGGCGGGCCGCGGCCAGCCGCUGCUGACCAUCACUGGCGACCUGACGCGUGAGCCAGAUGCAGAGCGGCUGGUGGAGCAGUCGGUGCAGAAGUAUGGCCGGCUGGACGUGCUCGUCAACUGCGCCGGCAUCCUCGAGCUGGGCAGUGUCGAGACCACGUCGCUGCAGCAAUACGACCGCCUCAUGGGCAUCAACGUGCGCGCCGUGUACCACCUGACGAUGCUGGCCGUGCCGCACCUGGUGGCGGCGCAGGGCAACAUCGUCAACGUCUCCAGCGUGAACGGGAUCCGCGCCUUUCCCAACCUGCUGGCCUACAACAUGUCCAAGGCGGCGCUGGACCAUAUGACGCGCUGCCUGGCCCUGGAGCUGGCGCCGCACCAGGUGCGCGUCAACGCCGUCAACCCAGGCGUGACGGUGACGGAGCUGCAGAAGCGCGGCGGUCUGGACGAGGCCGCCUACGAGCAGUUCUUGGAGCGGAGCCGCACCACGCACGCGCUCGGCCGGCCCGGCCAGCCGGACGAGGUGGCUGCCGCCAUCGCGUUCCUGGCGUCGGAUGAGGCUGCCUUCAUCACAGGCGCCUCGCUGCCCGUGGACGGCGGCCGGCACGCCAUGUGCCCGCGCUGA